AUCCAUUAUAGUGUCACUAGUUGAUCUAAGCGUUACAUCAUAAAAAGGAAACACUCUGCGUGACCUUCCCAAACUCCAUCCAAUUCCGGUUACGUGAAGCUCCGUGUGAAAAGCUGAAUGGUGGAGCUUCGGCGUGCAAAUUAAGCUCUGAAUAUAUGUUCACAGGAUCAUGUUAUAAUUGGUGCUGGCGUUUUUGCGGGAGUAUUGUUUGAGUGUGGAGCUGCCUCCGAAUAUGUCGAGCGGAUCCGUUAGAAGGGUCUCGCGGCAAGAUAUACAACUAGUGCAAAAUCUUAUAGAACGAUGUCUUCAGGUAUACAUGAACCAGAAGGAAGUUGUGAAAACGCUUUUGGAUAAAGCCAAAAUAGAGCCUGGUUUUACAGAACUUGUUUGGCAGAAGCUUGAAGAAGAAAACCGAGAAUUCUUCAAGGCUUAUUAUCUUCGUUUGAUGGUGAAGCACCAAAUAAAUGAAUUCAACAGGUUGCUUGAGCAACAGGUGCAGUUAAUGCGUCAGAUAGAUCCAACUGGAGUUGCUUCAUUACCUACUUCGAAUGGAUCUCAUAUCUCACCUUUGCACCAGAACUCAGCUCGCUAUGCCCCUGAGCAUGCAAGAUCAGCUGUGAAAGCAGAAAACAUCCACCACCCUAUGGGUUUGAGUUUGCCUAAUGCAUUUGCUAAUGGUGGAUCAUUAUUAGACCCAAGUAUGCACGCUGCUGUUGAAAUGCCUACUCAUGCUAGUAGGCUUGAUGUUCCACCAACUCUGCUAUCAGCUCAGAGCUUAAAUGUGAGUAUGAUUCACGGGAUAAAUGGGGGAAUGAUCAAAUCAGAAACUGGAUAUUCAGGCAAUUCUGCUUACAUGUUCGAAUCUGAUGGAAAUGUCCCAGAAGUGCGUCCAACAAUCGGGGAUGCAUCUGUUGCAUCUUACACUGGUGUAGAGUCCAAUGCACAACCCUUGAAUGAAGAACUUCUGGAUGCGGACACUUCUUCAUAUGGAUUUUUAGGUCAGAUUCCUAGAAAUUUCAGUCUCUCAGACCUGACAGCCGACUUUUCUCAGAGCUCUGAUAUACUAGAGAGUUACCCUCGGUCACCCUUCCUAGCAACAGAUUCUGAAAACUUCCUUGAUUCUCGUGAUAGGGGAGAACUUCAAGGAGACAAUAGAAGGUUGGAUACUAUAUCGGAAGGCUUGAGUUAUGAAGACUUUGGGAGUGAAUAGUGGGUCUAACAGCACCCCCAAGAAAAGAAGUGUUUGUAUAUAGCAUUUUCGAACUGGAGAAACCAGAUUUUAAACCCCUUAAAAGGUGUUGAUUGGCGUGUAGAAGUUCAUGUACAUUGUAAUGUAUUGAUAAUAGUCGACAUUUGGAGUGCUUUUCUAGGAAAAGAAUUUGACCCAAAAAAAAAAAAAAAAAGAAAGAAAUUAAAAGCAAUAAUGCAAAUGGGUUUUUACUU